AUGGGGAAAAAUUCUGAUAAAAUGACUGCUGCUGCUUCUCUAUUUAUGCGCUUGCAAAUAAGAGAAACUAGCAAACUCAGCAGAGGCCGACGAUUUACAUUUGAUGAAAAAAUGUUAAGUUUGUCACUUUAUAAAAGAUCACCAAAAUGUUACAGAAUGUUAUCUAAACUUUUUACUUUGCCAAGUAAACGAAGUCUUAAUACAAUAUUGUCUUCAGUUGUAAUAUCUACUGGUAUUUGCCCAUCAUUAAUGAGCGUGCUAGAAGAAAAUGUAAAAAAUCUGAAGCCCUCUGAAAAUGGUUUGACAUAUGAUUCAGCCACAGACCAAAUUGAUGGUUUUGUUGAUACUGGCUACAGCAAUAAUCAAUAUAUUGCUGACCAUGCUCUCAUUUUUAUGGUUCGUGGCAUUAAAAAAAAAUUUAAGCAACCUGUUAACUACUCUUUUUGUAAUGGAGCAACUAAACAAUAUGAUCUACUUCAGCAAUUGAAACAAGUCAUACGCCGAGUUCAUGAAUGUGGCUUGCGGGUUGUGGCAACUGUAAGUGACCAAGGGAGUGCUAAUGUUGGAGCUAUCAAGAUUCUAAAUCAACAAACAAGAGAUUUUUAUCUUAAAAACCAAUUACCGUAUGAUGACAAUUUUUAUGAAAUUGAAUUGAUGAAUAAGAAAAGAUUAAAAUUGGUACACAUAUAUGAUGUUCCACAUUUAAUGAAAUGUGUACGGAAUAAUUUAAUUACUAAGGAUUUAGUUUUUACUAUUGAUGAUGAAGUGAAAUGUGCUAAAUGGUCACACUUAGUUGACUUAUAUAGUGUAGAUAAUGCUAUUCCUGACUGCAAAAUGUUACCACAUCUUACUGACCAGCAUAUCAUACCAGAGAAAAUCUCAAAAAUGAAGGUCAAAAAUGCUACACAAGUUUUUUCACAACAGGUGUCUUCGACAAUGAACUUUUUAGCAGCUCGUAAUAUUAUAAGCUCAGAAGCACAACACACUGCAUGUCUUUGUUUAUUCUUUGACAAGUUGUUUGACUCGUUGAAUGGCAAUUUUGAUAAGGUUGUAGAUGGCAAAAUAUACAGAACAUCAGUUAAAAAAAAUUCACCACAUCAUAAACUCUGGGAACAAAGUUUAAAAGUACUUAGUACUAUGAGUUUUGUUGGUAAAAAUGGGAAGAAAGUGUCAGUUCCAACAAUACGUAAUUGGAUGACUACGAUAAGAUCCUACAAAAAUCUCAUUUUAAAUAACUUGGUAUCUUCGCAUUCACCAGCAUCUAAUUGUGAAGAAGACUUUACUGAAGGAAGCUUGGCUUCUUUCAAAAAUUUAUUCCUCUCUGCACAGAAAAAUACACCAACCAGUGAUAAAAUCAUAGCUGCUGACCUUCCAGUGGCAAUAAACCAACUACCAGAUUCUGCAUCUUACCUUCAAGGACAAACACAUACUACAUGGCUGGAUUUAUUAUAA